UGUAUCAAUUACAGAAUUUUGUCAAUUAUGCAUUACUACAAAUUACUUGGACGGAGCAAAUCUCACGAUUCAGACAACUCUGAUUCGGAAAACACUGUUAAUAACAACAUUCCAGCAGAAUUCCUCUGUCAAGCAAUUUUUGCUGGAGAUAGUUUCUAUGAUGUUGAAGCAGCAUAUGGUCGAUUCGAAGGAGUCGUAAGAACUGCAACAGGAUAUUAUGGAGGAACUAUGAGAAAACCUUCCUACAAAGAUGUCUCUGAAGGAAACACAGGACAUACUGAAGCAGUGAAAAUCACAUAUGAUAACAGAUUUGUAUCUUACAAAUCUCUUUGCGAUUUUUUCUGGGAUACUCAUGAUCCAACCAAUAAAAAUUCCCUUAAUUUUGGGUUAAGUACGCAUCUGAGAUCUGCUAUAUUCUGUUCAACAGAAGAAGAGAGGAAACAAGCACAACAAUCAAAGAUAAGGCGGCAAAUGAAGCUUAAUAGGAGGAUUCUAACGAAAUUAAGUUUCUUAAUUAGUGAUUGUGAAUUUUUUGUUGCGGAGAAUCAACAUCAGAAGUAUUAUCUCCAGAAGCAUUACAGGCUUUGUGAAAGUUUGAGCUUAAGAAGCACUGAACAAUUUGUGGACUCUUACAUUGCCUGCAAACUUAACGGAGUAUUGGCAUUGGAUGGGGAACUCAUAUUGGAGAAGCUACCACAAUUAACGAGGACUUGUCUGUUGCCCAAGCAAUGCAAGUCCACUUGUGAUGAAAUUAUACAAGAUUUAAAGACAACAAGUGCUCAUGGCUCCACUAUUUCUUGAAUAAUCUCUUUUCCAUUCUUAUUUUAACACCAUUUGUAAUUUGCAUAUUAUCUAUCAACUAUCUAUU